AUGACGGACGGCCACAGUGCCCCUCCAGCUGAUGCACCGGCACCAGCAGCAGCAGCAGACUGCACUGCUGCGCCAGUACCGGCAGAUGUGCGCUCGCAUGCCCAUCAUCAGCCGGCACCGACCCAUGACAAGGAGCAGGUCUCCUCCAUUGGCCGCAUCACCCCUCGACCGACAUUCUUGGAACAUCUAGCCACCUCGCGAGACUCGCAAUUCCACCUUGAUCGACGAGAUUCAAGCGAAUUGGACCGAUACUUUCAUGGCCCCCGGAACAUGGAAAAGCACUCCAAAUGGCCCAUCAUGAUGCGAAUGCACGGCAGUGUCAUGCCGAAAAUGAUCAUGCCACUUGUGACUGUCGCUAUUUGGUCAACCGCUGUUACUGUCUUUUCGAAAAAGGUCCAUGAUCUUGGUAUUAACAACAUCCUACUCACCGUGCUGGGUUUCGUGGUGGGUUUGGCUUUAUCAUUCCGCAGCUCAACUGCAUAUGAGAGAUGGGCAGACGGACGCAAAUAUUGGGCCCAGCUCAUUCAAGCGUCUCGUAACCUGUCCCGUACAAUUUGGAUCAAUACCGGCGAGAGAGAAGGAGAAGAAGGAAAAGAUGACCUCUUGAGAAAACUCUCCGCGAUGAACCUCAUUUUGGCCUUCGCCGUCGCCCUUAAGCACAAGCUCCGCUUCGAGCCUGAUAUCGCAUACGAAGAUCUGGCUGGCCUGGCUGGACACCUCGACACUUUCGCUCGUGAUGCCCACGACCGUAUGGUUGUCAACCCCCCAGCUAAAUCUGUUUGGAAAUCCGCAGGAGAGUAUCUCGGCAUGUCCUUCGCCGAGUCAAAUCCUCGGAAGUAUGUCAAGCGGUCCAAGAAGCCUCUCGGACAUUUGCCCCUUGAGAUUCUUAACCAUCUGUCCGCCUAUAUCGAUUCAUGUGUAGCCAACGGUACCAUGGUCUCAACUCUGCACCAGGGACAAGCUAUCACCAUGAUGGCCACCUUCAAUGAAGUUUUGACUGGCACAGAACGUGUCCUGGAUACCCCCUUGCCUACCGCAUACAGCAUUGCCAUUGCCCAGAUUUCAUGGAUCUACAUCCUGGUACUUCCAUUCCAGCUCUACAAUGCCUUAGAAUGGAUCACCAUCCCAGGAACAAUUGACAUCGAAGUGGCCGCCUAUAUCAUCCUCGGCCUGGCUACAAUCGGCAGUGAAAUUGAGAAUCCCUUCGGUCAGGAUGUCAAUGAUCUUCCACUGGACACCUACUGUCGACAGAUCGCCGUGGAAAUGGACAUUAUAACUGCCACUCCCCGACCGAAUGUUAACGACUUCAUGACACGCGCUGACAACCUUGUUCUAUUCCCUCUUAGCCAGCUGGGAUAUCCUGACUGGAAAGAACGGACCGUCGAGGAUAUUCGUGGCGCGCUUCGCACCAAGGUGGUUGUCAACCCGUCAUCUGCAUCUGCAUCUGGGGCGUCAGAUACAUCUACAAUUGUUGAGGAAAUUCGCCCCAAAACCACUAGAUCAUCAGUCUGA